UGUAUCUUUACGACCCGGAACCUCAAUCCAAUCAAACAAAUCAUUUAGUCAGUUCCGCCCGUUUUCUUAAAUUAACAACACUGUCAAGAUGACGAUGGCAAUGCUGCAACGUCGUGCAAACGUCAGACUUCCACCUGAAGUGAACAGAGUUCUUUACAUCAGGAACUUGCCGUACAAAAUUACUGCUGAAGAGAUGUAUGAUAUCUUCGGAAAAUAUGGAGCUAUCCGGCAAAUUCGAGUUGGAAACACAGCAGAAACUCGAGGCACAGCUUUCGUCGUCUACGAAGACAUAUUCGAUGCCAAAAACGCCUGUGACCACUUGAGUGGGUUCAACGUGUGCAACCGAUACCUGGUUGUAUUAUACUACCAGAGUAACAAAGCAUUCAAGAGGGUUGAUGUCGAUAAGAAGAUGGAGGAAAUCGACAAAUUGAAAACCAAAUACAAUCUAAACGAGGAAAAAAAAUAAAUACCGAAUUUUUUUGUGUAAAUAAUUUAAGGACAUAAUUUAAUUUUAACUGUAAAUAUUACAAUGUCAUUACUGAAUUCGUCGAAAUGAUUUUUUCCUUUUUACUAUACGAAUAAAGUUUCAAUUGAACGAUGAA